CACACCCCCUCCGGUCUGAAAACCAUCUGAGAAACACGACGUAAACAAACAGGACAAGUUGUAUCGUGGUGUUUGUUUCUGAGUCCAGACGGUUACUAAUGGGGCUCGGAUGUGGCUUAAGCCCAGUAUUCCCCCUCAGAUUUAUGUGAGGAGUGUCGGUUCAUCAUGGUGAAGUGUGUUGUCUCCGGGUGUCCGAACCGCGUGGUGAACGUUAACUUGAACCGGGGGGUCCUCAACCGACCACCGAAGAGGUUCUUCAGCUUCCCGAAAGACCCAGCGCAGGUCAAGGUAUGGUUGGUGGCGCUGAGGGAGACAGACAAGCAGGACUCGACAAAGUGGCAUUUAAUCUGCGAAGACCACUUCCUGCCAGAGGACAUCUCCAUCGAUGGGGUCAAAAGUGGCGCCAUUCCGAUCAUGCCCCCCUGCCCGGACAUGAUGAACCCUCAGGGAGCCGAAUCGUCUGAGGAAGAGGAUCAGGGGGCCACCAGCGGUGAUGAUGAUGACAGCCACUACGAUGAUGAUUUAGAUGACAGCGACUACAAUGUUUAUGAUGACGACGACGACCAUGACCAUGCAUUAGAAGGUGGAGAUGAUGAUCCACCACAGCAGGAUGCAGGGGCCAAAAAGACUACAGGGGCCAAGCGGACUGGUAUCAGCCUGCAGAGAGAGACGAUCCAAACCAAGGGAGUCCGCAGACAGGAGGUCUCCCUAGGGCUGCUGACGCGGCGUUUCCUGGGCUUUAUGCAAGCGGCUCCAGGCUGCUUGCUGGACCUCAAUCAUGUGACCACGAGCCUGAAGACCCGCAGGCGACGAGUCUAUGACAUCACCAACAUCCUGGAAGGCAUGCUCCUCAUCGAGAAGAAGUCGGCCAACAUGUACAAAUGGACGGGAAAGGCUCCGAUCUCCAGCUUUCUGCAGACAAACAAACAAAAGUUGGAGACAGAGUUGGAGAACCUGAAGCUUGGGGAGGACAUGCUGGACGACCUCAUCAAAAGCUGUACGCAGCAGUUCUGCGAGAUGAAUGAGGACAAGGAAAACGCUGCGCUUGCCUACUUGACCUACGAGGACGUCAGCCGGUUCAGCGCCUUCCAGGAGCAGACGGUGAUCAUAGUCAAAGCUCUUGCAGAUACCACAUUGGAGGUUCCUGCACCAAAAGAGGACAGCAUCCAGAUCCAUAUAAAGGGGGUUUUGAGUCCCAUCAAGGUGCUGGCAUGUGAUACAGAAACAGGAGACGUGACAGGAGAGAACAGCGGCUGCUUCUUAACGCUGGAGACAAGCUGGAUAAAGACACGUUCGCUAUAUUCAGAUUCAGAGUUGGACAACAAGGACCUGAUUCAACCGGAGUGUGACGUGGAGGACAACAGAGUGGAUUACCUCGUCAUGGGUCAAACAGUGAAAAAUGAAGACAUGGAUGGUGACGAAGGUUACAGGACAGAGCCAUCAACAUCCAUCACCUCUCCCACCUCUCAGUCACAGCAAGGCUGCUCUACUCAACAGAUGUCUGCACCUGUUCCUCAGCCACAGUCUCCAUUUCCUGUGUCGGACUCCAUCCCCCCUCAGCCAGAUGAAGAGGAGGAAGAGGAAGAAGAAGAAGAGGAGGAAGAAGAAGAAGAGAAGGAGGAGGAGGAGGAGUACAUGGAUAUGGAUGAUGAUGAUGAGGAGGAGGAAGAUGAGGAGGAUACGGAUGAUUAUGUUGAGGAUGAAGAAUACACACCGGGGCCAUCAACAAGGUCACCAUCCCCAAAGAAGCGCCGUCUCAGUGAGUCUGCCACUUCGAGAUUGAGAGAGGAGGAAGACUGGGACGAAGAUCGGUGGCAUAACGGAGAAGAGACAGAUAAACAACCGGAUCCACUCAGGUUCACGCCCACCAGGAAGCCUGGCCCCACCUUUGAUACCACCAACUCAUGGUCUCCCUUUCACUUUUCCAGCUGUUUUUUAGCACCUCUGUUGUCCGGACCAUCAUCACAAACACAAACAUUAAUGCUGCCAAGAGAAAGCUGGCUGGAUUCAAGUUUCUUUGGAAACCUCUGACAGUGAAAGAUUUCUAUAUUUUCCUGUCCAUUAU